AUGUCUCCAGCUAUCGAGCCAGGUACUCGGGCCGUCAUCCUGUGCCUUCGGGCAAUUGGAACUCCUGCGAAGAGUAUCCAGCAGCUCGUCGGAUCGCCCAUCAGCACCAUCAACGGACUCUACAACGCAGCUCUCAAGAAAGGCUUCGACCCCGACGCCCGUCCUCUUGAAUUCAACGAGCACAUCACGGACUCUCCUCGUCGUACUGAUGAGUUCAAAGUCAAGAAUGCUGGCACCCCUACUCCCCGCCCUCGUGCGCCCCGCAAGAAGAAGGGCGCCGAGAAUACUGAGGAAAUCGCCAAGGAUUCUACCGAGGAUCGCGUCGAGGUGCAAAUCAAGGAUCUCAUCGAGGAGCCUACCGAGAAAGAGCCUGAGGACCACGGGGCUUAG